CUCAAAAUGUCAACUGUCAAGGAGCAGCUUAUUGAGAAUCUAAUUGAAGAAGAUAAAGUCUCCCAGAGUAAGAUCACCAUUGUUGGAACUGCUGCUGUAGGCAUGGCUUGUGCUAUUUGUAUCUUAUUGAAGGAUGUGGCUGAUGAGCUUGCCCUUGUUGAUGUUGCAGUGGACAAACUGAAGGGAGAAACAAUGGAUCUUCAGCAUGGCAGUCUUUUCUUUAAUACUUCAAAGAUUGUUUCUGGAAAAGAUUACAGUAUAUCUGCAAAUUCCAAAUUAGUUAUUGUCACAGCAGGUGCACGGCAGCAGGAAGGAGAAAGUCGCCUUGACCUGGUCCAACGUAAUGUGAAUAUCAUGAAAUCAGUCAUUCCUGCCAUAGUCCAAAAUAGUCCUGACUGUAAGAUGCUUAUUGUUUCAAAUCCAGGGCUUAUAUGGAAUAAAAGAAGAAAUCUUUCUCAGUAUCCCUUGUGUCUUGGGCCAAAAUGGUGUCUCAGAUGUUGUGAAAGUUAACUUGAAUUCUGAGGAGGAGGCCCUUUUAAAGAAGAGUGCAAACACACUUUGGGAUGUCCAGAAAGACCUGAUAUUCUAAAACCUUUUAAUGUUCCAUGUUUUAUAGAACAGAAGAUAGUAGACUGUA